AUGUCAAUUGAUAAGCUUGCGCCUUCUGCUGCAGCGCCCCCUUCCGAGGACAAUGUUCUUUGGCAACACCCAGAUCCCAAGUCCACACACAUGUGGAAGUUUCUUGAGCAUGUCAACAAAAAGCACGGUCUGAGUCUUGACGGCUACCCAGCGCUCUACAAGUGGUCCAUCGACGAUGUUUCUUCAUUUUGGGAGGAAGUCUGGCAUUUCGCCGGUGUCACAGCGUCUAAGCCCUUUGACGAGGUCCUCCCUCAAAAUGCUCCCAUGUAUCCUCGGCCUGACUUCUUCUCCGGCUCGCUUCUCAACUUUGCCGAAAACCUACUCUUUCCUGCAACUUCUCCAAAACCCGAACCUUCGGCCCCGGCUGUGAUAACCGUGACCGAGUUGCCCAACUCCACAGUGACUACUUCGUGGGCCGAGCUCCGUGACGCCGUACGCCGCUGCUCCAAUGCUCUGCGUGCAGCCGGCCUCAAGCCCAACGAUGUUGUGGCGGGUUUUGUCUCUAACCAUGUUGAAGCAAUUGUUGCUAUGCUCGGAGCGGCAGCGAUAGGCGCCAUCUGGACCGGUAUCAGUCCCGACAAUGGCGUUUCAGCCGUACUAGAUCGUCUAAACCAGAUCGCUCCCAAAGUGCUAUUUGCGGACAAUGGCACUGUCUACAAUGGUAAGGAGUGGUCUAGCGUAUCAAAAACGACAGAGAUUGUGGGUGCGUUGAAGGAUAAUGGUCUUGAAAGGGUGGUUGUAAUCAACAACAUCAGCUCCGGAGGUCUUGGCCUCGAAGAACUUGAGAAACACGGAGUGGCAGCUGUUGACUACACCAAAAUGCUUGAGUCUGCUUCAGAAGAGCCCCUGAAAUUUGAGCAACUCCCUCCAGGCCAUCCUCUAUAUGUCCUCUAUUCCAGCGGAACCACUGGUCUUCCCAAGGCCAUUGUUCAUACGGCGCUGGGUACACUGCUCCAACAUAAGAAGGAGCAUCUCCUCCAUUGCUCACUCGACUCGGCAUCCCGAAUGCUCUACUAUACGACUACCUCCUGGAUGAUGUGGCACUGGAGUAUAGGAGCUCUCGCCGUGGGAUCCACUGUCGUUGUGUACUCUGGCUCUCCCUUCCGACCUCAUGCCCAUCUCUCACUCCCACGUCUCCUCGCCGACCUCGAGGUCACUCACUUUGGUACUUCGGCUGCCUAUCUGACUGCUUUGGAAGCCAAUAAUGUCUACCCUGUCCGUGACAGCUCGAUCGAUCUCUCUCGAUUACAGGCUAUUUACUCGACCGCCUCGCCUCUUCCUCCAUCUACCUUCAAAUUCGUUUACGAAGCCUUCCCUAAACACAUCAACCUCGGCUCCAUCACUGGUGGCACAGAUAUUAUCUCGCUGUUUGGUGCCCCUUGUCCACUUCUUCCUGUUCGUGUUGGUGAGAUCCAGUGUGCUGGUCUCGGUAUGGCCAUUCGUGCUGUCGACUCGGUUACAGGAGAGUCAAUCAAUGCCGAUGAGCCCGGUGAUCUCGUUUGUGUUAAGCCGUUCUUGUGUCAACCUCUCACAUUCUUCGGUCCCAGCGGAGAGGCCAAGUACAAGUCGGCAUACUUUGAGCGUUUCGAAGACAUUUGCGGAGUGAACGGUGCUGUAUGGCAUCAUGGUGACUUUGUCAAGAUCCCCGACCCUUCGACUGGAAGUCUGGUCAUGCUUGGUCGAUCAGAUGGCGUGCUGAAGCCGUCUGGUGUACGUUUCGGAUCUGCUGAGAUCUACAACAUUCUCACACGCUUCUUUGCUGCCGAGAUUGAAGAUGCUGUGUGCAUCGGACGUCGACGGGAGACAGACUCUGAUGAGACUGUUUGUCUUUUCGUUGUAAUGGUUCCCGGACAUGAAUUCAACGAUGACCUCCGUCUACGGAUAAAGUCCAAGAUCAAGGCUGAGCUGAGCCCUCGACACGUUCCUGGAGUAGUCGAGGAGUGUGGAGCGGGGGUGCCCAAGACGAGUAACGGAAAGAAGAUCGAAGUUGCUGUGAAGCAAAUCCUUUCCGGCAUGAAGGUCAAGACCAACGCCAGCGUUGCGAACCCCGAAGCACUAGAUUGGUUCAAGAGUUGGGCAGAGACUCGCUGA